UUGCUUGCUAAAGCGUUUUUUUUUGGGUGCAAAUUAGUUCGAUGCCCGAGUUAUCAUAAGGUAAGCCCAAAUGCUAUCACAGGAAAUUAAUUCUGCUUGAUUUGUUUAAACAAAAAUAAUUGAAAAGCAUAAAGCAUUACUCCAUUCCACACUGUCGAUGGCUUCCUCAUCUCUUUUUCAGUCUCUCCCUUUCUCUCUCAAAACCACUAAACCCUACGCGCUUCCCAAACCCGCCGCCAAUUUCGUAAUCCGCGCCCAAUCCCCCCUCACUCAGAACACCAACGCCGCCUCCUCCGCCUCCAAGCAUCGCCGCCCCGCCGACGAGAACAUCCGCGACGAGGCCCGCCGCAUCAAUGCUCCCCACGACCACCACCUCUUCUCGGCCAAAUACGUCCCUUUCAAUGCCGACCCUUCCUCCUCCACGACGGAGUCCUACUCGCUCGACGAGAUCGUCUACCGCUCCCAAUCCGGUGGCCUCCUCGACGUCCAGCACGACAUGGACGCCCUCAAGCGCUUCGACGGCGAGUACUGGCGCAACCUCUUCGACUCUCGCGUCGGCAAGACCACCUGGCCCUACGGCUCCGGCGUCUGGAGCAAAAAAGAGUGGGUCCUCCCUGAGAUCCACGACGACGACAUCGUCUCCGCCUUCGAAGGAAACUCCAACCUCUUCUGGGCCGAGCGUUUCGGCAAACAGUUCCUCGGCAUGAACGAUUUGUGGGUCAAACACUGCGGAAUCAGCCACACCGGCAGCUUCAAGGAUCUCGGCAUGACCGUCCUCGUUAGCCAGGUCAACCGCUUGAGAAAAAUGAAUCGCCCCGUCGUCGGUGUCGGUUGCGCCUCCACCGGUGACACCUCCGCCGCUUUAUCUGCUUAUUGCGCUUCGGCGGCGAUUCCUUCCAUUGUGUUUCUGCCUGCUAAUAAAAUCUCGCUUGCUCAACUUGUUCAGCCUAUUGCCAAUGGUGCCUUUGUGUUGAGUAUCGACACUGAUUUUGAUGGUUGCAUGCAGUUGAUCAGAGAGGUCACUGCUGAGUUGCCUAUUUAUUUGGCUAACUCUCUCAACAGUUUGAGAUUGGAAGGGCAGAAAACUGCUGCUAUUGAGAUUCUGCAGCAGUUUGAUUGGCAGGUUCCUGAUUGGGUCAUUGUGCCUGGUGGCAACCUUGGCAACAUUUAUGCCUUUUACAAAGGCUUCAAGAUGUGUCAAGAGCUUGGUCUUGUGGAUAAGAUUCCAAGGCUUGUUUGUGCCCAGGCUGCCAAUGCUGAUCCUUUGUAUUUGUACUUUAAAUCCGGCUGGAAGGAGUUUAAGCCUGUGAAGUCAAGCACUACCUUUGCCUCUGCCAUUCAAAUUGGUGAUCCUGUUUCCAUCGACAGGGCGGUUCACGCCCUAAAGAGUUGCGAUGGGAUCGUGGAGGAGGCCACCGAGGAGGAGUUGAUGGAUGCUACGGCGCAGGCAGAUUCCACUGGGAUGUUUAUCUGCCCCCACACUGGGGUUGCUUUGACUGCUUUGUUUAAGCUCAGGAACAGUGGGCUUAUUAAGGCCACUGAUAGGACUGUGGUGGUUAGCACUGCUCAUGGCCUCAAGUUCACUCAGUCCAAGAUCGAUUACCAUUCUAAGGACAUCAAGGACAUGGCUUGCCGCUAUGCUAACCCUCCCAUGCAAGUCAAGGCUGAUUUUGGGUCGGUUAUGGAUGUUUUGAAGACGUAUUUGCAGAGUAAGACUCAUUAGGUUAGCAUUGCAACUUUUUCUCCUCUCUUCCUGAGUUUGCUGCUGAUUAUUUACUUACUAUUAUUAGCCACUUCUACUCCUGUUUUGUCUUUUCUAUAAGCUAGGUUUGAGUAUUGUAGUAAUUUGCCUGCUGCAUUAUGUAUGCUGUGCUCCAUAUUGGGGCAUCUUAGUAUUUGUUGUAGAUUUUCUUUGUUGAGCAUUUAAUAUAAUAGCUCAAGUAGAAAAAAAUUAAUUGGAUACAAUGAGGGAGGAAUGCACAUUGUUGGCUUGUUAUUACUGGAUUCCAGACCAGACCACGCCAUCCCCAAAAGAAAAUAAUUCCAAAAAAUAUAAUUAGAACAGAUUUCUUUCACUUUCAUGUUAUGCUGUUGGCAUUAAGCUAAGUGUGGGUAUUACCAAGCAACUCUAUGCAAUCUGUGACAAGUAAUUAAAUCAAGAAAUAAAAAAUUACAGCGAAGGAGCGGCAUUGUUGGACUGAGUCACAUUGCUAUGUAGUCAUAUUUCGUUGAAUUAAGUGAAGGCAGCACUACAGCUAUUAAUUGAUGCCACACACAUUGAAGUAGUAGGCAAUUUAUACGCUCCAUCUUGUACUUUCUAGUUCCUACACAAAUGAAUUUUUCUUUGCCAUCAAGUAAUAGUAUUUUAUUGUAUCAAGCUUGCGUAUAAAAGGCCAUCAAUUUUAUCGUGUGAUGUACGAAUGGAGUUGAAUGAAAUAUAGUGUGUUGAAUACC